CGCGGCGCCCAAGGAUGCUGCCCUGACACCGGCAUCCCCCGGCAGGUGACCCCGCGGUCCCGACCAUGGCUGCGUCCCCCGGAGGCAUCCCUGCUGAGCUGCAAGAGGGCAUCACCACCUUCCUGGGGACGAAGAAGGUGCUCCUGGUGCUGAGUGUCCAGCUGCAGGUGAAGUCCAAGUAUGACGACUUCAUCUUGGUGCUGACGCCCUGGCGAGCGUAUGUGCUGCCGGUGAUGCUGCCGGUGAGGGUUCACAGCAGCUUCAGCUUCCUGGAGGUGAGGGAGAUGACAGUCCAAGAGCCCAGUGUGGUUGUCAUAGAAACAGAUGCAGCAUCUUACGCCUUCCGGUUCAUGUCCUUGGAUGAUUUGGAGCAAGUUGUUAUCCAUGUCACCAUGUCACUUAAGAAGGUCUUUCCAGACUCAUCCCUUGGGACACUGCUCAAGAACUCCCCCCCCAGCCUGUAUGAGAGGAUCCAGCAGAUCCUGGACUCGCUGGAGGAAAUGCUGCAGAGCAGCCCUGGGCCCUGUGGGGGGUUUUCGGAGACCUACGCUGCCCUGUGUGACUACAACGGCUUUGCCUUCCGCGAGGAGAUCCAGUGGGACGUGGACAACAUUUACCACAGCCAGGACUGCCGGGAGUUCAACCUGCUGGACUUUAGCCACCUGGAGAGCCGAGAUGUGGCGCUGAGUGUCGCUGCCUUGUCCUUCAACCUGUGGUUCACCAAGCUCUCCUGCAAGGACUUCAGGCUGAAUCAGGAGAUUUCAGAGCAGCUGCUCUACAUGCUCAGCAAAUCGGUGACGCUGGAGGAGCUGGUGCUGGAAAACAGCGGGUUGAAAGCUGACUUUGUGCAGAGGAUGGCCCAGGCACUCAGCAACCAUCCCGACUCUGUCCUGCACACCAUCAACCUUUCUGGCAACCAGCUGGAAGACAGAGGAAUUGCUGCCUUCAGCCGGCACCUGGAGAAGAGUUCCAAGGGUCUGCAGAGUCUCAGCUUGGCCAGGACAAUGCUCACAGCCAAAGGGAUGAGCACACUGUGCAAGGCCCUUGCAGAUAACAAAGCCAUUGGAUUCUCCCUCCGGCACCUGGACCUGUCUGGAAACCCCGGCACCCUGGCUGGGGAUGACAUCAGUAGCCUGCAGAGCCUCCUCCGCCAGUGCCACUCUCUGUCCCACCUCAGCCUGGCUGGCACGGACUGCCCUUUGGAUGCUCUCUUUGGAGCCCUGGUCCACGGGUGCCACAACAGCCUCAUCCACCUGGAUCUCUCCAAAAACGUGUACUCCCACAGGAGGGUGAAAACCAUCUCCCCUGACGUCAAGGAGUUUUUCAGCCAGGCCUGUGCCCUCAGGCACGUCUCCCUGGCAGGUACCAAGCUGCCUGCAGACGUCGUGAGGGCGUUGCUGCAAGGGCUGGCAGACAACAGCCACAUCAGUGACCUGCACCUGGAUCUUAGCAGCUGUGAGCUGAGAUCAGCAGGGGCCCAGGUCAUCCAGGAUCUCAUCCCUGAUGCCAGCUCCGUCAGCAGCCUGGACUUGUCUGACAAUGGCUUUGACCCUGACAUGGUGACACUGGUGCUCUCCAUUGGCAGAAGCAAGUCCGUUAGGCACGUCUCUCUGGGGAAGAACUUCAACAUCAAAUCCAAGGAAGGACUGUUGGAUGUCCUGCACCGCAUCGUCCAACUCACCCAGGAGGAGGACUGUCCUCUCCAGUCUCUGUCCGUGGCUGAAUCACGCCUCAAACUGGGAACCAACGUGCUGCUGAGCGCCCUGGGCAGCAACACCAGCCUCACAGCUCUGGACAUCAGUGGCAAUGCCAUGGGGGACACGGGGGCCAAGAUGCUCGCCAAGGCCCUGCAGAUCAACACCAAGCUCAGGACUGUGGUUUGGGACAGGAACAACACAACUGCCCACGGGCUCCUGGAGGUGGCUCAAGCUUUGGAGAGGAACUACACCCUCAAGUCGAUGCCGCUGCCGAUGAGCGACGUGGUGCAGGCGUAUCGCAGCAACCCCGAGAGGACGGAGCAGGCCGUGCACAAGCUCCAGUCCUGCCUGACCAGGAACCAGCUGCGGCAGACGCUGCCGGCCCAGACCUUCCGGCUGCAGCAGGGCAUCCUCACCACCUCUUCUGAACAGAUGGUGAAUGAGAUCUGCCUGAGCGUGCAGAAGCACGUCGACAUCCUCAGCACCUGCCCGGGCAGGGAGGUGCAGGCGGACGUCCUGUGUGCGGAGGAGGCCAUCAGGAACGCCAACCUCUCCGUCAGCAUCCUACCCCUCCUGUAUGAGGCAGGAAACACCCCAUACCAGAAUGGCAAGCUGCAGCACAAGCUGGAGUGUCUCACGGAGGAAGCAUCGCAGACCUGCAGCUGGGAAAUCCAGGCGAUCAUGCAGGCGGUGCUGGACACGGCGCACAGCCUGUGCCCAGACGUGGUGCAGAAGAGCGGGGUCAGGGAUCAGCUGGUCAAUGCCAUGUCGGAGCGGAUCUGCCUCCAGGACCACCUCAGCCUCAGUGCCGUCCUGGACCAGAUGGUCACUGAUGUCUUCAGCAAGCUGAAUGAAAUCAAGCUGUCCAUCACAGCCGCUGCGGCCGACUGCAUCGUGGAUGCUGUGCUGGGAGACCUGACCAUCGCCCAGUGCAAACUGGCAGAGAGCCUCUCCAAGCAGGGGCUCGACCUCCUGGUGCUGCUGCCGGAGUCGGCUGAGGACGAUGCCACCGCGCUGGCGAGGGGCAAGAAUCCUCUGGACCUCGCCGCAGAGGAGUACAAGAUGGCCCUGCGGAGGAAAAACAAGCACUUCAGGAGCAUUCGGCCCACGCCAACUCACCGGGCGCCGCCGUCACUCCAGCCCGCCGCACCGUCCGGCCACGGCCCUGCCUCCACCAAGGAUGCUGAGCCUGCGACGGGCUCGCUCCCCGCCACGAGCCCGCCACGCCCACGCCACCGGAUUCUUAUGGACCUGCCGACCGCCGGCGAGAAGCUGGAGCACAUUGCACAAAGCCAGGCCCGGCCCAACCGCCGGCACAAGCAGCCGCCCAGCAAGCCCAAUGUACAGCCCGUGGCCUGUGAGAACAGCGAGGACAGGAGCAUCACCCGUGUGGACGAGGGGCUGGAGGACUUCUUUGCCAAGAGGCUCAUCACAGAAGCACUGCCCCCUGCGGCUCCGGAGACCUGCCCAGGAUCAGCCCCUCUGGCUCCCUCUGGCUCCCGCACCCUCAAGAAGAAAAUCGGGAAUUUUUUUGCCUUCAAGAAACCCAAAUCCAGCCGGGGCUCGAGGUGUGAGAAGGAGCCCGAGGGUGGUCCCGCUGCCCCCAGGAGCAGGCGCUCAAUGCUCAGUGACAUUUUACGAGCCCCCAGCAAGGCGGGCGAGGCGGGGAAGCCACUGAGUAAAUCGGAGGAGGGGGGACUCGCUGCUGAGCCCCAGGGAGAGCCUGAGCACUGCCAGACCCCCGACUCUGCCCGAAGGAUCCGGCCCAAGUACUCUCGGGAGGGCAAAUCCCAGUCACUCAUCUUGCUGUCCGGGGAGGAUGAGGAUGCGCUGGGGGUCAGGCAUGACAAGAAGAGGCACCUGGAGAAGAGCGAGGGGGAGCUGUCCAGCUCCUUCGAGCAGCGUGUGCAGGUCAUGCUCCACCGCAUCGGCGUCACCAAGGGCCCGGCUGCUGAGAGCAAGAAGCUGCAGCGCCACGGGGGACCCGGCCGCCGAGCUCUGUCUGUCCAUGAGGAGCAGCUCAGGGAGCCCGAGUGCCCGGCAGAGCUGGGAAUGGGCACCGUUCCCCUGCGCCUGCGGCGGUCGCCUGUGCUCAGGCACAGGACCAAGCACGAGUCCCUCUCAGAGAUGGAGGGUGAGCCCGGACCGUCCUUGGAUGCUGAAGGUGCCACGCCGCAGGACUGGCCCCGUGCCGGGCUGGAGGAGCCGCAGACUGGCACAGGCACUGACGGCGAGCGGCCGCAAGCCCUGGCACAAACUGUUGGGAAUGCACAAGACUCAGCUGCCGUAGACCAAAGACGCCCGGUGCCGGGCCGGGAGGAGCCGGCCCUGGGACAGUGAAGCCCCUGCAUGUCACCACACUGUUCCCAAUAAAACCCUGCAAGCAAGUGCACGGUGCCAGGGUGCUUGGCAGCUGGGGUGCGGAGAGACGGGGCACCAGGCUGGCGUGGAUGUGCCAACGAUGGCAUCGCCCAACUUGUGCCACGGGGACAAGCCAGGCCACCAGCAUCGCCCAGGAUGCCCAGGGACCGUGCCAGAGCCUGCAGGACGCAUCGAGCGGUGUCGCGGUGCCCGCUGUGGGCUGCAGGGGGGAGAGCCGGUGAUUUUUCGGCAGCCAGCUAUUUUUAGGAAGUGUUCCCAAGGCGCUUUCACCACUCCAGCUCCUCGCCCCAUGGGGUGCCGCUCUCUCCAGCCCCCGCAAGACGCAGGCUUCCAUCGGCGGGACCACCACCCCCAGCAUUCCAGCACGCAGCUCCAGCCCCCCAGAUCCCCGACGGCACCAGCGCGAUCCCGACACCCCAGUGGCUUUCUCCUGUGUUGCCCUUCGCUCCGGACCAAACGCAUUCCUUACACAGAUGUU